AAAUAUAUCUAAAAUUAAAAAGUGAGAGGUCAACAUCAAUGCUUCUCCUUGGUACAACUCUACAAACAAAGACAGAGAUACUGCUUUUAUAAGUAGUCUUCCUUCUCCACAAUUGACUUUAUUCACUUCACACUUUUUUAACUUUGCAGCUCUCUUUCUCUCUCUCUCAUUUCUCACUUUCGACCAAAAAAGAGGAAAGCAGAAGAAAAAUGGGAUGCAUAAUGGUAAUGGAGCUAGGGAAGAAGGAGAAGAAGCUAAUGAGAAGUAUUUUAUGGAGAAUCAGAAGAGAGAUUAAGAAGAUGAAGAAGAAGAUGAGAUCCCCAAGAGACAAGAACAAGAAGCAGACAAGUUUCAACUACGAUCCUCUUAGCUAUUCUCUUAACUUUGAUUCUCUUUAAACCUAAAAUAUGUCUUGUUGCUGUUUGUUUAUUUCAAAAUCAGUUUGUGCGAUAUAAUGUAUGUUUCUAAUGCCAUGUCUGUUGUCUAUGCUAUGUAUUAGCAGCCUAUUGGGUUAUUAUUAACAGCUUUUUAAGUUGAUUAUGUUCCACAAAGCUAAUCUUUAACGUGAGAUAUCACUAAUAUCUAUCGUUUUAAAAAGAAGAGAAUAGUUUUGUAGUUUGAAUUUAGUUAAUAGAGGUAAAAAGUUAGUCUAUAAUCUCCCAAUGAUAUCAUACACUGUAGAAAACACAGAAGAGAGAGAGACUACAACUAAUCACCUAUCUAAUCAUUUUGACGCAAGAUUCUUUUAAUCAGUAGAUAAUAUAUAUAUAUAUAUACUGUGGAAAUGAAGAGAAAGUUAAGAUGAUUAAACCUUUAGAUAUUCCGCAAACCCAAUCAUAACUUGGAUUUAUAAAUUUUUACUAUAAUCGGCUUCCUAGUCUAAAGUAUUUAAAUGUGUAUAUAUUUGUUUUACUAUAAAGUUUUAAAACUAUACACAAAAAGAAAAGGAAGAUUUGAAAGAUAGAGAGAGAAGGAUGUGAGAUUCUCUGAGAGGGAGGGGCACAGUAAGCAAGAAGUGAGUGAGGGUAAAUUCACCUUCCCAUCACCCUAAAACCCUAAAAGUCUUUUCAGCUCUGCAACACCCCCACAUGCCUAUAUAUCUCUCUCUCUAUUCCCUAGCCUUUCUGAUCUCUUAACUUUUACCGUUAGGCACCCACUGUCCCGUAAUUUUACUAUUAUCUUAAUCACAAUUACUUUGGAUGAGUCCUUGCAUAAAAAAAAAAAACUCCUAGUGUAUUUGGGGUCUUUCACCUGACCACUUAAGACCAUGAUUAACCCAGAUUUUUAAGGUAGGACUUUUAGCUUAGGCUAAGAACCGUUUCUUAGUUUUUAAUUAAAAAAAAGUUAAGAACUGUCUCUUAAAUAAAAGAUAUAAGAAUUGGCUCUUAGCCGAAAAAUAUAUAUAAAUAAAAAUAAAAAGUAUCAAAUUAUAAAUUAAGAAUCCUAAAUUAAGAGUCCGAGUUAAUCAUGCUCUAAGGUAUCAAAUGAAAAUCAUAUUCCUCUCUAUAUAUUUUGUUGGGAGUUUAACUUAUAUACACUCUAUAUUGGGCCGGACCAUUAUUUUGUUUCAUGUAAAUUAGUCAAGGACCAUUUGAAUAUACUGUAUUAUUGGGGCAUAGUGGAAUAUCUAGCUAUAAAUGGGCCAUACGGCCCAAAUACCUUAAACCCGAAAAACCCUAAUAAAUAAACAAAGAAAUUGAGGCCGCGAAGAUAUAUAUAUCACAUCGAAUGACAGUACAAAGCGAAUCUAGACCGUUUAUUAUCAUCGCGUAUGCAAAACGAACGGUGGAUUAGAUCGACAGCUAAUAAAAAAGGAAACCGCGGGAGUAUAUAUAUAAGCGCCACAAAACAAGUUUCGUCUUUCCCUCUUACAGCUUCUCUGAAACUUUCUCAUCGAUUCCUAGGAGAGAUUUGUUAACCUAACUUCCGAUCGAGAUAAGAAAGAGAUGACCAACACCUUACUCCGCCCCAAAUUCGUCAGCGCUUUCGCUAUAUGUGAAGGAUGCAACGAGAAAGUAACUGUUAAGUAUAGACGUAUGCACAAGUGCAGCCUCGACGCCGCCAAAAUCGGAACUGAGGCUAAGAAGAAACCUCCUACUGCCUUUUAUUUUUUCAUGAAUGAUUUCCGCGAAACUUACGAAGAAAAGAAUCAAUAUGUUAACCUUAAGGAUGUUCCAAAGCUUGGUGGUGAAAUGUGGAAGUCUUUCACUGAGGACGAGAAGAAUGUUUAUAGAGAUAAAGCUGCUCAACUUAUGGAAGAAUAUAACAAGUCGCUUGAGAGCAACGAUGCUGAUGAUGUAGAGGAGGAUGAGGAGAAGGAAGUUGAUAACAAAACCGAUGCGCCAAAUGGUUGUCAAAACGGUAGAGGUAGAGGUAGAGGAAGACUUGUUCGGGGAGGUCGUGGUCGGCGAAGUGCGUUUGGCUAGUAAGCAUACAUUGUCGAUCAGGUCUUACCAAAUACUUUUAAUUCGGGCUGUUUCUAUGCUUUUAAUCAGAAGCUGAUUCAGUCUUCUCGCUUUAUCUCGAUGUAUGAUCUUUCAUGCCACUCAGUAACAGACUUUCAUAAAUGAUAAUUUCUAUUU